CUACAUGAUCUCAAGCGUCAAUUUGGAAACUUGGUGCAUCAUGGCUAUUGCAAUUUAUCCGAAAAAGCGCAGCACUGUAUUGGCGUGAGUAAUUGGUAGCAGUUGGUGUGCCUAACUUGGCUCCAAAGUGCGGGCAUCAUCGGAGAUGAGAAAUGGCAUCGGUUGACUUGCUUGUGGCUUUGAGCCUCGGUGGCCUGCGCUAUACAGCUGAUAUCCAGGCGCAUUUCCUUUCAUUCGUUGCAUAUGGAAUCGCGAAGCUUCACACUUUACCACUCAUGCAAUACCGCCACAAAGUCUAGCUGCCCUAAUCAAAGCAGAGGCGGACGCAAUGGCUAUCGAUGGAGAUGGCAUUGGUGACACCAAUUCGAUGAACUUUCCUCCUAGUCUCGCCACGGAGGCGAUUUCAAGCAUCGAAGAGGCAAGGAGAGUAGCUCCUAAGCACCAAAGUGAAGUGGCAUCGAAUCAGAAUGGCAUCAUCAGCGCUACAGACCUCGAACAGCUAUGGACUUGGAAUCAGCAUGUGCCCUCCCUUAUACAAAGCUGCAUGCAUGAUAUCAUAUCUGAACAAGCUCGCCAGCAACCACACAAGAUUGCGAUUGAAUCAUGGGAUGGGUCCUUGACAUAUCAACAAUUAGAACACCUUUCAUCACAACUCGCCAGACAGAUUCUACAAAGAAAUUUAAAAGCUAGCAGCCGGAUCCCCCUAUGCUUCGAAAAAUCCAUGUGGACCGUGGUCGCGGUACUAGCUGUCAUGAAAGCAGGUGCGACAUUCUCUCUAACAGACCCAAGUCAGCCAGUAGCACGGCUGCAAACAAUUGUCGAGCAGACAGGAGCAGACCUCGUUAUCACUUCGGUAGCUCAGAGCGAGCUUGGCAAAGAGAUAUCCAGAGAAGGAGGCCAAGUGCUCGCAAUAUCUCGAGAUUAUUUUGAUAGCAUCAAAGGAUCACAACCAAAUACAGUCCUGCCACAAGUGCCCGCAGAAACGCCAAUGUACGUCAUCUUUACAUCUGGAAGUACAGGCAAGCCAAAGGGGGUUGUUAUUACCCAUGCCAAUUAUACCAGCGGUGCGAUUCCUCGAGCAGAAGCCGUUGGCUACAAAUCAACCUCUAGAUGCUUCGAUUUCCCGUCUUAUGCUUUUGACGUGAGCAUCGACUGCAUGCUGUGCACAUUAGCAACUGGUGGCCAGAUAUGCGUACCUUCUGAGGAAGCUAGGAUGAACGAUCUCAGUGGUGCCAUUCGUCAGAGCAAGGCCAAUAUGGUCCACAUGACUCCUUCUGUGGCCAGAGUCUUGGAUGCCGACAUCAUUCCAUCUCUGGACGUUUUAGGCCUAGGUGGCGAGGCAGUAUCUGCAAGUGAUGCAGCGGCUUGGAGUAAAUACACAAGCUUGAUCAUUGCGUAUGGGCCAUCCGAGUGUACCGUCGGAUGCACGAUCAACAAUACUGUUACCAUCUCCACGGGCAUCGGUAAAGGCGUUGGCGGCGUUACCUGGAUUGUCGACCCCGAUGACCACAACAUCCUCAUGCCAGUUGGAGCCGUUGGAGAGCUUAUUAUUGAGGGUCCAGUUGUUGGUGCUGGCUACCUUGAUGAGCUAGAAAAAACAGCGCAGGUCUUUAUCGAAGAUCCAACAUGGCUCAAAUCUGGCUACAAGGCCUUCCCCGGUCGGCCUGGCAGAUUAUAUAAAACAGGGGACCUAGUACGAUAUGAGAGCAACGGCUCUGGUUCCAUAGAAUUUGUGGGCAGAAAAGACCAACAGGUUAAGCUGCGUGGCCAGCGAGUCGAACUUGCAGAAGUCGAGCAUCACUUACGAGCCUCUUUGCCAAACGGAAUCAAGGUCGCAGCAGAGGUAAUAAAGCCAGAGAAUGGCGGUGCUCCUUCCCUUGUCGCCUUUCUCUCAGAAUCCGCUACCGUGGGCACUUCUGGAGUAGACCCGGUCAUUGUAGAUCCCUCGCCGGAACUGAAAACUGUUUUGACAACAGUCAGCACUGUCAUGGGUUCCAGAGUACCACGUUAUAUGAUUCCAGCGGCUUUCGUGACUCUUCAACAUAUGCCUUCAUUAGUGUCUGGUAAAACGGAUAGGAAGAAGCUGCGUGAGAUUGGGGCAUCGAUACCGCGCGAAAUUUUCAGCCGAAUGCAAGCGACUGAAGCUCAAGAAGAAGAAGAGGCGGAAACUGAGAUGGAAAAGAAAUUGCAGCAAGCAUGGCUUGAAGUACUCGGAUCAGAUGCAAAAAUCUUCAGACAGAGCAACUUUUUUGCGCUAGGAGGCGAUUCUUUGCGUGCCAUGAGGCUUGUAGUUGCGGCUCGCACGAAUGGAAUCGCCUUGACGGUUGCUAAUAUAUUCACGAAUCCAACGUUGAGUCACAUGGCGUCGAAGGCUACUCAGAUCUCGGAGUCCUCUGUGGAAGACAUCUCACCCUUCUCAUUAUUAGAAAAAGAUUGGGACAUGGAAAAUGCGAAAAAUGAGAUAUCUGCUCUGUGCGGCGUGGAAGCCAGCAUCCUAGAAGAUGCGUAUCCAUGUACGCCCCUCCAGGAAGCGCUCAUGGCUCUAUCCGCCAAGGUUAAAGAGGCGUAUGUCGCUCAGAGAGUGGUGGAGCUUCAGGACACUGCUACGGCUGAGAAGCUAAUCACAGCCUUCGACAUCGCACAACAUGAUAGUCCCAUAUUGCGGACGCGAAUCGUGCAAGUCCCUGGACGUGGUCUCAUUCAAGCCAUCAUAAGGGGAGGAUUAAAUGUCUUCUCUGGAAAUAAUCUCGACGAAUAUCUAGUCAAUGAUAGGAAUGACGCGAUGGAACUAGGAAAGCCUCUUGUGCGCUAUGCUAUUAUAAACGAUGGCAAAUCAGGGAAAGUGAACUUUGUGCUCACAAUUCACCAUGCUCUGUAUGAUGGCUGGUCUAUGCCCUUGGUUGUCGAUCGAGUAAAUAAGGCCUACGAGAACCAAACAGUAUCACGCCCUGCAGGAUUUAAGCACUUUAUUAAAUAUCUGGCAAACUUGGAGAUGGACAAAUCAGCCAAUUUUUGGCGGGAACAGCUUCAUGGCGCCAAUCCUUCUCAAUUUCCACCUCUGCCUUGGCAAGGGUAUCAGCCACAAUCGGACUCGUUGCUAGAGCAAUAUGUGCCUCUACAAGAGAAAAAUGCUUCAAAUGCUACUACUGCGACAAUUAUCCGUGCAGCUUGGGCUCUUGUGGCAUCACAAUACAUCGGUAACACCGACGUCGUCUUCGGGGAGACGCUGACCGGUCGAAAUGCACCCGUCGUUGGGUCGGAAGAGAUUGAAGGGCCAAUGAUUACAACCGUUCCCGUGCGGGUUCAAGUAGAUCGAGAUAUUCCUGUUUCAGACUAUCUCCAAACCAUCCAAGAGCAAAUGGUGGACCAGAUACCUCACGAGCAUUUCGGCUUACAACACAUACGAAAGCUCAGUCCUGAUGCCUUCGACGCAUGCGAGCUCCGAACAGGCUUGGUGCUGCACCCAAGUGCUGAGAGUGAAGAAGAUCCUACUCAGUUCAGCCACCUCCCAGCGAGCUGUCUUGUCCCGGCUGGAGAUGCAGAAGCUGCCCAAGAGGCUCUCAAGUUCAACACCUACGCGUUAAUGCUGGUCUGUUCUAUUGAUCCGCGAGGAUUCCUUGUCAUGGCCAGCUUCGAUUCCAAAACAGUUUCGGUAACUGUGAUGCAGCGAGUCUUGGACCAGUUUCGACAAAUUGCGCAGUCUUUGUGCAGAGAAAGCUCGGUCUCUGUCGGCAGUCUUCGGCCGCCCUUGACUGAUGAUGAUAUUGGGCAGCUUCAAAACGUAAUUUUUGAUGCAGACUUUAGUGAUGCAACAAAGGAAUACCCUGGCGUUCAGGCGGCCUAUAUUGUGGAUUUCAAUGAUUCAAAUCAACUCGUUCCAGUUUCUGCCAUGGGAGAGCUUGUCAUUCAGUGUUCUGAAGAUCCAUCUAACCUAAUGGAAGUCUCUCCACCAGCUUGGCUCGAAGCAGUAUUCGGCUCGAAGGUUUCCGAGCAGGGUAAACUAUACAAAACCGGGCAACUGGCCAGAUACGACUCAACUCGAAAGCCGGCUCGGAUCAAAUUAGUCGAUACUACCGGUGAAAGAAACGCUGCAGCGCCACCAGCAGGAGUGAUCAAGAGCCGAAUUUCUGCAAGCUCCAGCAGACAACGCAAGCUUCGUAGCCUAUGGGCUCGUGUGCUGCGUAUGAGCGAGGACGAUAUUGGCCUAAACGACGGAUUUUUCAUUCUCGGUGGUGAUUCCAUUGCAGCUAUGAAGCUUGUAUCAGAAGCUCGGCUAGAGGGGGUCAAGUUAACCGUGGCCCAGAUAUUCCAGAAGAGAACGCUGUACGAAAUGGCCAACGCUAUGGAAGAGAUAGAGAGGCCCGCAUCAUCUACGGACACAACUACCGUCGAGGGCGCAGAAUUAGAGCCAUUUUCACUGCUCAGUCUUAGAGGUGAAGACCAAAAGCAACGCUUCAUUAAUGAUACAAUCGCACCUCAGCUGUCCGAUCCGGCCUGGCGCAUCAGCAACGUCCUCCCUACACGCCCCUUACAGCAAAUUGCCGUCAAGGGCACAACUCAGCUCCCACGCUUCUCAGCACGAUACGAGCUCAUGUACUUCGACAAGGCCAUAGAUCGUGCCAAAAUGGAAGAGAGUUGUAGGCAGCUUGUCGCGCGCAACGAGAUCUUGCGAACUGUAUUCGCAGAGUACCAAAGUGACGGGUACGCCGUCGUCCUCGAAGAGCUCGUGCCUCAUUUUGCCGAAUACGCAAUAGAUAGCGAUGACGUGGAAACGUUUGCAAAGCAGCUCUGUCAACUAGACGCUUUGACGAGAAUACCACUCGGCUCGAGUUUCGUGAAAUGGUUCUUAGUUGAGUCGAGCAGCCAGUCAUGCCUCAUCUUCCGCCUAUCCCACGCCCAAUACGAUGAAAUAUGUCUCCCCAUCAUGCUCCAGCAACUAUCAAGCCUCUACGAAGACAAACCCGUCCAGGAGACCGUUCCGUUCUCCGCCUAUGUCCACAGCGUCCUUCGACAGAACCUGCCAGCAAGCAUCCCCUACUGGACAGACCUCCUCUCCGGCUCCUCCCUAACCGUCCUUAAGCCUGAAAUUCCCAUCCAGCGUCGAAACCAUUUUGCCAUCCAGCAAACAGUCGACAUCUCUUCACGCCUCCGCGACAUCACCGUCGCCUCCCUCCCCACUGCCGCAUGGGCCCUGUGCCUUGCCCGCCGCCUAUCCCUCAGAGACGUCACCUUCGGCGAAGUCGUCAGCGGCCGCAACAUCGACUUCCCUUACGGUGCAGCCAACGCAGUCACCGGCCCCUGCUGGCAAUACAUUCCCGUCCGCGUUCGCUUCCCCCCAGGCUGUACUGCCUUGGAAGUCCUCUCUGGCGUCCAGCAUCAGCACAUAGCCAGCUCUGCUCACGAGGGCAUCAGCCUCGCUGAGAUAGCAACCGUGUGCGGCACAGAUUGGCUAUCGACCGGCGGCUGUAGAGCUUCAGACUUGUGGUUUGAUUCCGUUGUCCACCAGGACGUCGAGCACGUCGAAGAAUUGGCAUUUGCUGCUGCAGGAAGCGGCCGUUUGGAGACUGUUUACCCCCACGAAGAGCCACUGCGCGAGUGGAAGAUUCAAGCAUUCGUCCACGAUAAUAGCAACAAACUGACUCUGGAAAUUGUUACUUAUGAGAGCUGGGGCGGAUAUGCUAGAGGGUUGUUAGAUGAUUUGGUCACCGCCGUGGGAGUGCUGUUAAAGGAUCCUCACGCCAAGCUAUUUGGAAACGAAUGUGAGUGAUUUGGUUUGUAUAUUAUUCAUAUGCCUAUAGAGUAGAGUUUGGAGAAUAUUAGAGAAAUGUCAAAAAGAAGCAAUUUUAGGAUAUGCCGUAACCAAGUAUUCUUCAAUAUC